GUCAAAUACACUCUCCCUUUGGACAAAAAGAUUGAACACGUUUUGUAGAGAGAGAGAGUGUGUGUGUGUUCUUUCCCUUCUCUCUUCUAUUCUUUUCCGCCCUCGUUUUUCUUCGAACGCACAGUUUCAAUCAUCCACCACACUGCUCAUCAACGACAUGCUUCCUCUCUCCCUUCUCAAAACUGCCCAAGGCCACCCAAUGUUGGUAGAACUGAAAAAUGGAGAGACUUAUAACGGCCAUUUGGUUAAUUGCGAUACAUGGAUGAACAUCCAUCUCCGAGAAGUCAUUUGCACGUCUAAAGAUGGAGAUAGAUUUUGGAGGAUGCCUGAAUGCUACAUACGAGGCAAUACAAUCAAGUACCUUCGAGUUCCUGAUGAGGUUAUUGACAAAGUUCAAGAAGAAACCAAAACCCGAGCAGAUCGUAAACCACCUGGUGUGGGGCGUGGGAGGGGAAGAGGCAGAGAAGAAGGUGCUGGUGGACGUCAAUCAAAAGGAAUUGGGCGUGGUCUUGAUGAUGGUGGUACCAAGGGAGCUGGAGGAGGUCGAGGCAAGGGUGGCCCUAGCGGAAAGCCUGGUGGAAAUAGAGGGCGAGGUAGAGGGUGAUUCUGACUGGUGGAAUGAACUACUUCAGAUGGACCAGUUGCAACCUCACUGCUCGUGUUUCCUUGUGCAUACUUGAAUUUUAGCUUCCAACGUUUUUCUUGUGUUUAUAAUCACAAAAAUGUCAAGAGUGCUAUUCUGUUACUCGAAGGGCCUCCACCUUUUUAAUACUUUCCCACCAGCCAUCGUGCCCUUCCCCCUUUCUUUCCCUCCAAUGAAAAGUAGUGAUGGAGCAAUGUGUUGAAUAGAAUUUGAUAUAUUUAGAGAUGUUACUAUGAGAAUUUUACAUGAAACUUUUUGGGGCCUUCACUUGAACUCAUGUUCCAGUAAAUGGAGUGACGAAAUGAUAUUAUUCCUCAUCCCAAUA